UUUUAGGUGGGGGUGCGGAGGGGAGCGGAUGCAGCUGGAGCGGCUCCCUUGGGGCGCCGAGUGGCAGGUGGGCGGCGGCGAGGGUCCUUGAGGGCAGACCUCAGAGUCUUCAAAAGGGGAGGAGUCUGAGGGCUUUUUUGGAGCUGGCUGUGCUUCCUGGAGAGGGUUAAGGCCCCGCUUCCUGGCCUUGCAGCCUCUAAUGCCAGAAGAUAAGGGAGAGGCUGGCGUGUGACCCCGUUUUGAGGUGGACAGAGGGCUGGCCACCUUCGGAACCAUGGGUGCGAUACGGAGUCAGACCUCAAUACAAGCCCACUGUUUCACAUAUUUGAACUUUUUUCACAUAUCUGAAGUUUUCUUGUUCACUGUGCAGGGAUUGUUCAUUGCUGCCGGAGGAAGAUCAUGGACUGUCCCGGGAAACUGAAGUGGUUGAGUAUCCACUAGUCGUGGAUAAUGGCAGUGACUUCGCAGUUUUUUGCGAAUUACACAUCUCUUUGAUUAUGUUGUGACUAGUUUUGUUGGUAAACUGAGAUAGCCAUUUAGUGUUUGGGAUACCUGUUGAUCCACUUGUCCAGGGAGUGUGGUUGGAUUUAUGAAUUAUUUGGACGGUUGUCCACUUGAGAGAACGACAGUAGCUUCAUAACAAUGUUACAAAGCUCAUUCUAAGAUUAAGCUGGCUGUUGAACCUGUAUUUCCCAUUAGUGCUUAAUUUUCGAAGUAUUAUUCUUAUUUUUAUGAAUCAAGUCCUGGAAAAGGACAAGAUAUUUGAACGAAAUAGCAUCCAUAAUGGAGAACUCCACAGUUGCUGCUCCUGUGAUAGGUUUAUCUUAGUUUUAUUGUGGUACGUAUGGAACAGCAGGUGUUGUCAGAUACAAGGUUUGUAGCUUGCCGAUAUGUGCAUUACCAACACUCCAGAUUCCCAUUGAGUUGGUGGGGGUUUUGUUACCUUUGUUUUCUCAGCAAAAUAAUUCUAUAACUUCUUGUGACAAGAAAUGGACUCUCAAUUUACUUAAGAUUAAUACUUCUUGAAUGAUAAAAUCAUUUUGCCAUGUUAGAAGACAUUUCCGAAGAAGACAUUUGGGAAUACAAAUCUAAAAGAAAACCAAAACGAGUUGAUCCAGAUAAUGGCUCUAAAAAUAUUCCAAAAUCUGUUGAAAAAGGAACAGAUGGAAAACACCAGUCAAAACGGAAUAGAAACAGAAAAAGAGCCACAGAAGCUAAAGAGGUGAAGGACCAUGAAAUGCCCCUUGAAAAUGCAGAUUGUCAGACUUCUGUAGCUUCUAGUCAGAACUCAAGUUGUGGAGAUAGUAUUCAGCACACCCAAGACAAGGAGACUACUCCAGGAAAGCUCUGUAGAACUCACAAAAGCCAACGCGUGUCCCCAAAGAUACGUCCAGUUUAUGAUGGAUACUGUCCAAAUUGCCAGAUGCCUUUUUCCUCAUUGAUAGGGCAGACACCUCGAUGGCAUGUUUUUGAAUGUUUGGAUUCUCCACCACGCUCUGAAACAGAGUGUCCUGAUGGUCUUCUGUGUACCUCAACCAUUCCUUUUCAUUACAAGAGAUACACUCACUUCCUGCUAGCUCAAAGCAGGGCUGGUGAUCAUCCUUUUAGCAGCCCAUCACCUGCAUCAGGUAGCAGUUUCAGUGAGACCAAGUCAGGUGUUCUUUGUAGCCUUGAGGAAAGAUGGUCUUCGUAUCAGAGCCAAACCGAUAACUCGGUUUCAAGUGAUCCCUUACUGAUGACACAGUAUUUAAAAAAGUCUCCAUCUCCAACCAAAGCCAGUGAAAAGAUUUCUGCUAAUAUCCAAACGUCCCAACAAGCUCUACAAUUUACAGAAUUUGUUGAGAAUGACAAACUGGUAGGAGUUGCUUUGCGUCUUGCAAACAACUCAGAACACAUAAAUUUACCAUUGCCAGAAAAUGACUUUAGCGACUGUGGAAUCUCCUAUUCUCCACUUCAAAGUGAUGAAGACACUCAUGAUACCGAUGAAAAACUGGAUGAUUCACAACAACAACUGUUUUUUACCGAAAGCUCUAAAGAUGGCAGCCUCGAAGAAGAUGAUGACAGCUGUGCUUUUUUUAAAAAACGACAUGGUCCCUUACUGAAGGACCAGGAUGAGAGCUGCCGCGAAGUGAACAGCUUCUUAACUCAGGAUAAGUAUGAUGAAGGAGUGUAUAGAUUCAAUAGUCUAAAUGAUUUAUCUCAACCUAUUUCCCAAAAUAAUGAGAGUACUUUGCCUUAUGAUCUGGCAUGUACUGGUGGUGAUUUUGUGUUGUUUCCACCUGCAUUGGCAGGAAAGCUUGCUGCUUCUGUUCAUCAGGUAGCUAAAGCAAAACAAGAUGAGCCAGAAUUUCACUCAGCUCAAUCAAAUAAACAGAAACAGGUAAUUGAAGAAUCAGCUGUUUACAAUCAGGUUUCUCUUCCGUUAGUUAAGAGUUCAAUGUUGAAACCUUUUGAAAGUCAGGGAGAAGGGUAUCUUUCUUCCCAACCAACCCAAAGUAAAAUUAGAAAAUUAUCAAGUGAGGACUCGAAGGCUAAGAAUAAUACUAACUCAGCAUGUUGCUGCAGAAAGGCAUUAGAUGGUGUGCCCGUUGGUAAAGCUACAAUUUUAAAUACAGAAAACUUUUCUAGUACACCUGCUCCUAAGUAUUUGAAUAUAUUGCCUUCUGGUCUUGAGUGUAAUGCAAGACAUCCUUCUACCAAGGUAAUGAAGCAAAUGGAUAUAGGUGUGUAUUUUGGACUACCUCCCAAAAGAAAAGAAGAAAAAUUGCUAGGGGAAAGUGCAUUAGAAGGGAUAAACUUAAAUCCAGUUCCAAGUCCUAAUAAAAAGAGGUCCUCGCAGUGCAAGAGGAAGGCAGAAAAAUCUUUAAGUGAUUUAGAAUUUGAUGCAAGUAAUUUAAAUGAGAGUCAGCUUUCUGUGGAACUUUCUAGUGAGAGGUCACAGCGUCAAAAAAAGAGACGUAAAAAGUCAAAUUCACUGCAGGAAGGAGUGUAUCAGAAGAGAUCAGAUCACCUUAUUAAUACUGAAUCUGAAGCAGUCAAUUUAAGUAAAGUCAAAGUGUUCACAAAAUCAGCUCAUGGUGGGCUGCAAAGGGGGAACAAGAAAAUCCCAGAGUCAUCUAAUGUAGGAGGAUCAAGAAAAAAGACAUGUCCAUUCUACAAGAAAAUACCUGGAACUGGCUUUACAGUUGAUGCCUUUCAGUAUGGCAUGGUUGAAGGUUGCACAGCCUAUUUUCUCACACAUUUUCAUUCUGAUCAUUAUGCUGGAUUGUCUAAACACUUCACAUUUCCAGUUUAUUGUAGUGAGAUAACUGGAAAUUUGUUGAAGAACAAACUUCAUGUGCAAGAACAAUAUAUUCAUCCAUUGCCACUGGACACUGAAUGUGUCGUGAAUGGUGUCAAAGUUGUUUUGCUUGAUGCCAAUCACUGUCCAGGUGCUGUCAUGAUCCUCUUUUAUCUUCCUAAUGGUACUGUCAUAUUACACACGGGAGACUUCAGAGCAGAUCCCAGCAUGGAACAUUCUCUUCUUGCGGACCAGAAAGUCCAUAUGCUGUACUUAGAUACCACAUAUUGUAGCCCAGAAUACACCUUUCCAUCUCAGCAAGAGGUUAUCCAGUUUGCCAUCAACACUGCCUUUGAGGCUCUAACUCUAAACCCACAUGCUCUUGUUGUCUGUGGCACUUACUCUAUUGGAAAAGAGAAAGUCUUCCUAGCCAUUGCUGAUGUUUUAGGUUCAAAAGUGGGCAUGUCCCAGGAAAAAUAUAAAACUCUGCGGUGCCUCAAUAUACCAGAAAUUAAUUCACUCAUCACUACCGACAUGUGCAGUUCAUUGGUUCACCUUCUCCCAAUGAUGCAAAUUAAUUUUAAGGGCUUACAGAAUCAUUUGAAGAAGUAUGGUGGGAAAUACAAUCAGAUUUUGGCGUUUCGACCUACAGGAUGGACACACUCUAACAAGUUCCCUAGAAUAGCAGAUAUUAUUCCCCAGACCAAAGGAAACAUUUCAAUAUAUGGAAUUCCUUACAGUGAACACAGCAGCUACCUAGAAAUGAAGCGCUUUGUCCAGUGGCUGAAGCCCCAGAAAAUCAUACCUACCGUAAAUGUUGGCACCUGGAAAUCUAGGAACACAAUGGAGAAAUAUUUUAGAGAGUGGAAAUUGGAAGCUGGAUAUUGAUGAUACCUCCAAGUAUUCAGUAGUAGUUGUAGCUUGGAUGUAGCUUGUUAGUACUUAAAUCUAUAGAGAUAUGAACUGCACUUUGUGUGGAAAAACCUCAGUAAGAUUAUUCAGAUAGUUUACUUUCUCAUUUAUGUUUGAACAACAUGUUAUGGUGCUGAAUGCCUCUCAGUGUCAUCAAGGAUAACUGAAACUGGGUCUCCCUGGGACCCUUAAUUUCUUGUCCCCCUGCCCUUCGUGGGCAGUUAUAUUCUGCAUCAAGCCUUGGAAGAGGAAGCAGAGGCAGAUUCAGAGACCAGGGAUUAAUGAUAAUUAAUAAACUAGAUGGAAGUAUUAUAUAAGUAAUUAUGUAUCUUUAAAAUUAUGAGAUGAAACUUUUAUAUGACAUGCAUACCUAAAUAAAAUUAAUAUAAAAUUUG